CCCAGCCCAGGCCGGACAGCGCGCCAUUUCCUGUCCGAAGCUGGGCGAGUCAGCUUAAUUCACUGGACUGGGGCUCUGUUCCGUGGGAGUUGAAAAGAUUUGACCUGGAAGAAACCCUAGCGAUCAUUCAGUUAAGCCGCAACCCCACCCCGUUUUAUAUAGGUCCCUAAAUCGCCGGGGUUGAUGUUGGCUUUGGAAGAACUUUGCAGAGCGUUUUCUGCACUGGAAGGAGGGCUGGAAGCUUUCUGGAAGCAUUGCCGCACGGAUUCCGGUUCACAAUGGAUGCUGAUCAAGAGAAAGAUUUGCAGAAAUUUCUUAAAAAUGUGGAUGAAAUCUCCAAUUUAAUUCAGGAGAUGAAUUCUGAUGACCCAGUUGUGCAACAGAAAGCUGUCCUGGAGACAGAAAAGAGACUACUGCUUAUGGAGGAAGACCAGGAGGAGGAUGAAUGCAGGACCACCUUGAACAAGACUAUGAUCAGUCCUCCACAAACUGCUAUGAAGAGUGCAGAAGAAAUAAACUCAGAGGCCUUCUUGGCAUCUGUGGAGAAAGAUGCAAAGGAACGAGCCAAGAGAAGAAGGGAAAACAAAGUCUUGGCGGAUGCCCUAAAAGAAAAAGGGAAUGAAGCAUUUGCUGAAGGCAAUUAUGAAACAGCUAUCCUGUACUACAGUGAGGGUUUGGAGAAGCUGAAGGACAUGAAAGUGCUGUACACCAACCGAGCCCAGGCUUAUAUGAAACUUGAGGACUAUGAGAAGGCACUGGUGGAUUGUGAAUGGGCUCUCAAGUGUGAUGAAAAAUGCACAAAAGCAUAUUUUCACAUGGGAAAAGCCAACCUGGCCCUGAAGAACUACAGUGUGUCUAGAGAGUGUUAUAAGAAGAUCUUAGAAAUAAACCCCAAGCUGCAAACCCAGGUGAAAGAUUACCUGAAUCAAGUAGAUCUUCAGGAAAAAGCAGACCUUCAAGAAAAGGAAGCCCACGAACUGCUGGAUUUAGGAAAGAACACAGCUGUGACCACCAAGAACCUCCUGGAGACCCUUUCCAAGCCUGACCAGAUCCCCUUGUUCUAUGCAGGGGGGAUUGAGAUCCUGACUGAAAUGAUAAAGGAGUGCACAGAACAAACUUUAUUCAGAACGCACAAUGGAUUUAGUAUCAUCAGUGACAACGAGGUCAUAAGAAGGUGUUUUUCUACAGCAGGAAAAGAUGCAGUUGAAGAGAUGGUCUGUGUGUCUGUUCUCAAGCUCUGGCAAGCAGCGUGCAGCGAGAACGAGGAAAACCAGCGUGUGCUAGUGAUGCACCAUGACAGGGCCAGGCUGUUGGACGCCCUCUUGUCCUCCAAGGUCCUGGCCAUCCGUCAGCAGAGCCUUGCCCUGCUGCUGCAGCUUGCCCAGACUGAGAGCGGACGGAGCCUGAUCAUCAGCCACCUUGACCUGACCAGAUUAUUGGAAGCCCUGGUGUCAUUUCUUGAUUUCUCGGAUAAGGAGGCCAACACUGCUAUGGGACUGUUCACAGACUUGGCUCUGGAAGAAAGAUUCCAAGUCUGGUUCCAGGCCAACCUUCCAGGUGUUCUCCCUGCACUCAUAGGCGUUCUGAAGACAGAUCCCAAGGUAAGCAGCUCCUCGGCUCUGUGCCAGUGCAUUGCCAUCAUGGGAAACCUCAGUGCUGAGCCUGCCACCCGAAGACACAUGGCGGCCUGUGAGGAAUUUGGGGAUGGCUGCUUGAGCCUCCUGGCCAGGUGUGAGGAGGAUGUGGACCUGUUCAGAGAGGUUAUCUACACACUCCUGGGACUCAUGAUGAACCUUUGUCUUCAGGCUCCCUUUGUCUCUGAGGUUUGGGCUGUGGAGGUGAGCAGAAGGUGCCUGUCUUUACUAAACAGCCAGGAUGGAGGAAUCCUGACAAGAGCUGCUGGUGUUCUGAGCCGGACCCUUUCUUCCUCUCUGAAAAUUGUUGAGGAGGCCUUGAGAGCUGGAGUAGUAAAGAAAAUGAUGAAAUUCCUGAAGACAGGAGGUGAGACUGCAUCACGUUUUGCUAUAAAGAUACUAGCUAUCUGCACGAAUAGUUAUCACGAAGCUCGGGAAGAAGUAAUAAGACUGGAUAAAAAGUUGAGCAUUAUGAUGAAGCUGCUUAGCUCAGAGGAUGAGAUUCUGGUGGGCAACGCUGCCCUCUGCCUUGGUAACUGCAUGGAGGUGCCCAACGUUGCGUCUUCCCUGCUGAAGACAGACCUCUUGCAGGUCUUGUUAAAGCUCGCAGGCAGUGACACACAGAAGACGGCCGUGCAGGUGAACGCAGGCAUUGCUCUGGGGAAGCUGUGCACAGCUGAGCCAAGACCUAGGUUGAGCCCAGUAGCUUCUUCUCUGAAGAAAGCCUUUCUAGAGGAAACUGGGGAGCUCUUGGUCUCCAACCAGAGAGGGAAUCGGCUUGUCUGACGGGGACUUGCUGCUCCCACUUGCUGCCGUUGCCUUCUCUCCAUUCCACUCUCCACUGUUCUCCAUCCCUCUCCCUGUCUCUUUAUUCUCCUUCUUCCCCUCCGUCCCACUCCACCUCCCCUUCUCUUCCCUCUUUUCUCUCUUCUCCACUUUUCCAGAGACAGACUCCCACUUCAUGUUCUUUGCCUCAGCCUAAACAAAUGGAGGAAUGGCCAGCAAGGGUCACAUGUUCAUGCAGGAGAAAACAGUGGAGAAGCAGAGACGCAGAACAGCACAUCGAGGUCCCCAGUGAGCGAGGGCAAGAGAUGUGGGCUGUAACUGUGC